ACCCCAAGUUUUGUAGAUAUAGAAAUCUGUCCUAAUUUCUAUUUUGAAGUCUCUCCUAUAUUGUUGCUUUACCCUUCGGUAAUCUGCUGCUGUUUCACUACUGUUGAUUUAAACAUGUCUUACGAUUAUCUGUUCAAGUACAUAAUUAUCGGAGACACAGGUGUUGGAAAAUCAUGUCUAUUGUUACAAUUCACUGAUCAAAGAUUUCAACCAGUACAUGACCUUACAAUUGGUGUUGAAUUUGGCGCUAAGAUGGUUACUAUUGAUACUAGACCUAUCAAACUUCAGAUUUGGGAUACUGCUGGCCAAGAAGCUUUCAGAUCCAUCACUAGAUCUUACUACAGAGGUGCAGCUGGAGCACUUCUGGUUUAUGACAUAACUAGGAGAGAGACGUUCAAUCAUCUAGCUCGCUGGCUUGAGGAUGCUCGGCAGCAUGCUAGCCCCAACAUGGCAAUUGCACUCAUUGGGAAUAAGUGUGAUCUUGCGCAUCGAAGGGCAGUCACCAAAGAGGAGGGUGAGCAAUUUGCAAAGGAAAAUGGACUUAUAUUUAUGGAAGCAUCUGCAAGAACUUCUCAGAAUGUGAACGAGGCCUUUACAAGUACUGCUAAAAGGAUCCUUCAAAACAUUCAGGAUGGUGUGUUUGAUGUGUCUAAUGAGUCAUCUGGCAUCAAGGUGGGCCAUGUUCGUACAACGGGUCCACAAGCAACAAGAAAUGGAACGAUGACACAGGGAGGAGGGUGUUGCAGUUGAUAAAACAGUUGCAUAAAAGAAGUAGAAAAUGGGAUAAUUCGUCACAGACAUAAAACUCUACCUGAAUUCAAACUGUGUGCACUUGCCUAUGUUUAACCCAAUGUAAGAAUAGAUCUUCUCUUAUUUUCUUCUGUUAUUUAAUGUGAUGUAGCCAAAUAAAAGAACAUGAAAAGAAAUGUACAGUUCAUGAUGUCAAAAUUCCAACUCUAUUA